AUGGAGCCAAGGAGCAAUUUUGAAGAUUUGAUAACUUUCAUCAAGAGUUCUCAUAGAGAGCAUACAGCCUUGAUUGAUGAGAGAUUGGAGUCAGCCUUCACGAGAUUGAAUGAGAAGUUGGAUUCAAUUUCUUCUUUCACAAGAGACUUGGAUCUUAGAGUUGCCAACAUAGCCAGCUCUAUUAAGAGAGAAGAAGGUGUGCUACCAGGAAAAGUGGAAAUCAAUCCAAGGAGAGCAGCUGUAGCAGCUAUCACUCUUAGGAAUGGAAAAGGAAUAGAACCAGGAACUCAGGAGGAAGUGGAGAAGCCACCUGAAGAACCAAGAGUGUAUGAGCCAAAGAUCCCAUACAGAAAUGUUCUUUCUCAACCCAAGAAGGAGAAGGAGCAAGCAAAGCUCAAGGAUCUUGUUAGCCAACUUUCAGUAAGGUUACCUUUCAUUGAUGCCUGCCAGAUAAUUCCAUCUCUCAGGAAAUAUAUGAAGGCCAUACUCACAAGCAAUGUGAGUCUUGAAGAAGGAGCAAUGAUGAUUACAAAGGAGUGUAGUGCCAUACUUCAGAAUCGCAUGCCAGAGAAGCUGAACGACCCAGGAGUUUUGUUUUGUCUUGCAAGAUCGGUUCUACACACUUCCAUAGAGCACUUUGUGAUUUGGGUUCUAGUACAGAUCUGUUCGCCGCCCUGUUGGUGUUAUUAUGGAUGUUCCAAUCAUGGUUGGAGAUUGCUACAUCCUGCUGAUUUUGUAGUUCUUGAGCUGGAACACCAACCUAAAGACCCUCUUAUCUUGGGAAGGCCAUUCCUAGCUACUGCAGGAGCUAUAAUAGAUGUCAAGAAUGGAAAGAUUGACUUGCAUCUUGGAGAUAUAGUGAUGAAUUUCGAGGUAAACAAGUCUAUGGAGAAACCAACUGUAGAUGGUCAAGCUUUUUGGAUUGGAGAGCUCGCAGAGACAAGAGAAGAAGUGCUGGAUGAACUCCUUCUUAUUGAUCCCUUGGAGCUAGCUUUGACAAAGGCUGAGAAUGAGUAUGGAUACAUGGAAAGAGAAGCUCAAUGCUUAGUCAAGUUCAUGGAUUCAAGGAAGCUUAUAAGGAGCUGA